CGGCGUCACUACCAUCCAUGCUCACUCCUCCCAAUAAUGCGUUCUUUCCUCCUACAGGGAAAUGCGAGACUUAUGCGGCAAGUUGAAGAACUUCUCCGGCGCUAGGCAGGCAGAAGAUGAAGCCUGUUGAGCUGUAGUGUAUGUAUAUGAGAGUACAAUAGUGCUGCUUUUCUGUGUCUCUUCGCCCGAGGAUGUCCUCUUGAUUUUCCCGAUCCGAUUGCAUCAUUGCAACUCAUAAAGCAGCAGUCCGACCGGGGCUUGCCUGGCCUAGCAUUUUCCUUCCAACCUUAUAGCAGCAACAUCCUCUCAUCUCUGGCGCCUUCUUCCGCAUAUCACCUCACUACCGCAGAGCGGAGAUUUUUGCCUUGGGACGGAGAUGGGGGGAAUAUUGGAAGAGGAAAAAUUACAUAUGUACAUUUGGCGAGGGUUUGGACGCUGAGUUGUCCGUCAUUUCUCGGAGCCUUGUAGCCGCGCCUUUGGUGUGCGUGUCGGUCUCAUCCUUCGGGGGCACUUUCCUGAGAUAGGGAGACGGGGGAGGAACUUUUGUAUGGAGUUUUGUCCGAAGCAGCGCCAAUAUUGUCUUGUACGUCGAUCGCCUCGUCUAACAGCUUGAUGGCUGCGGCAGUGAUUGCUCUGUGACUGUCUAUCUUUUGGGGCUGUCUUACAGCGUUCGAUGAGUUUGUAUCAUGGUGCUUGGCACGGAGGAGAAGCAAAUCGUAUCCCUGGAAUGCUCGUUUGGAAUUCUGGGAUAUGGGUACGAGUUGACCACGGAAAGCUCUAAGUGAGGUUUGUGGGCGAAAAGCUUGAAUGAGAGAAGAGCAGAAGGAGAAAGAAGUUGGAGAGCAAUUUGUCUAAAUCCGGAUCGCCGAACCCUGUGCAUGACUUCUUGAUCUUCUGCAGGUCGACGUGAGCAUCUUGGUGAGGUGUGAACUUCUCGGUGCAUGAGCUGUGAGUUCUGAAAUGGCGUUAGCGCUGCGGAUUCAAGUGCCUCUAGCAGUAUCCCGUCGGUAUCCUCUUGGUGAAGGAGUGGUCUUUCCCCGCUCUACUCGCCUCUCCAAUUGGCGAUGCAAAACUCUCCGCGCCAUUCGUUGCAGCACUGCGGAUGCCGGUGAAAGUUCGGAUCAAGUUGGUGUUCCUGAUAAGACUUCAAAGCCCAAACAGGCUCAAAUUGUGGUGCGAGUGGAAAGUGUAAAUGGGGAGGAUUACGCCGGAUGGACACCUCUUGAUAAUGAGAACAAAAGCAACAGACUGACAGGACUGUUACAGAUUGGGGCUGGCCUUUUAUUGGCUGUCGGAUUUGCUGUGGUAACGUACACUGCCUAUGCUAGAAAAGGAAAUAAGCACGCGGUCGUCUAUUCUGUAACCACCCACCAAGAGCAAAAGACACAACUAUCCUCAACAACCAGUAAUGAUUCUGAGGAUGUUGACAAAGCCUCGAAAUUUACCACGUCUAGUCCGCCUUCAUCAGAUGAAAGCAUGACGGAAGUCCAGGGAGAAAAUCCACAACCUGUCGUAGACAGUGAGUCUGACCUGCACCAGAAGAAGACUUCUCCAGCGGCGCAAGCGACUCCAGGGAGCAUAGUUGUGCCUGCGACUGUUGACCAUGAGCAAGAACAAGCUUUGGCAGCUCUUCAGGCCCUGAAGGUGAUCGAACAAGGUGUGGAGGUAGGAGGAUUGUGUACAAGAAGGGAAUAUGCCCGAUGGCUUAUAGCAAGUACGAGUACCCUCGCCAGGAGUCCAGCACACAAAGUUUUUCCGGCCAUGUACAUAGAGAAUUCGUCGGAGCUGGCAUUCAACGAUGUGUCACCGGACGAUCCCGAUUUCCCAUUUAUUCAGGGUCUAGCUGAAGCAGGUCUUAUAUCCAGCAAUCUUUCCCGACAUGAUGGCAACGAGGAAACCCGUUCAACUGACGGUGCUGUUUUUCUCCCUGACAGUCCAGUUUCAAGACAAGAUCUGGUCAGCUGGAAGCUGGCUCUUGAGAAAAACAACCUCGGAUCCAUUGAUAAGCAGAUACUCAAGGCCCAAUCAGGUUUCAUCGACAUCGAGCGAAUCAGCGAAGAUGCGUUGCCUUUCCUAGCAGCAGACUUAGCUGCCGGAGAAAGAAGCAUUGCAGCCACUGCAUUUGGUUUUACUCGAAGAUUUCAACCAGAUAAACCCGUCACUAGGGGCCAGGCUGCUAUUGCGCUGGUGACCGGAGAAGCAGCAGAUGCGGUGGCAGAAGAAAUAACGAGGUUGGAAGCGGAACAAAUGGCCGAGGCUGCUGUAGUUGCAGAGUUCGCGCUAGAGGCUCGAGCACAAAAGCAGGUUGAGGAAUAUUUCAACACAGAAUUGAAGUUAGAAAAGGAAACGAGAUUAUCCGCUAUUAGACAGUUAGAGGAAGUGAGAGAUGAGUUGGAGAAAAUGAUGCAAGAGAGAGAAGAUGAGCAUAAGGCACUUGAGAAAAUGAAGAAUGCAAUGGAAGCUGAAAGGGCGUUGCUUAUGAAGUUCCGAGAAGAUGCAGAAGAGCAGCUCCAGACUUUAACCGCAUACCGAGUGGAAGUUGGAAUCGAGAAAGACAGGUUCGAAAAUCUCCGGAGAGAGGCAGAGGAGGAGGAGAGAACACUCCAUGAGCUAAAAACCGAAGUAGAGGUCGAGAAGAAAGCUCUUACAUUAGCCAGAGCGUGGGCGGAAGAGGAAGCGAAAGCAGCUAGAGCACACGCCAAAGUACUAGAGGAGGCUAGAAAACGCUGGGAGGGCCAAGGAAUUCAGGUACAUGUAGAUAAAGAACUUGAUGAGGAAAAUAUUCCGGCUUUGCCUUGGCAGUACAGUGGUCCUAAGUCCUCGCUGAACAAAUUUUUGCAACGAGCACCCGUUCAGGAUUUUCUGGCAAGGGCUGGUGAUCUGAAGUCUAGAGUCCUUGAGAGGUUUUUCCAGUUGUUAGAAGCAAUUGGCCGGGCUUUUUCGAGUGCCCAGCGAGAGACAGCUGAGUCACUUCGGGGUGUGAGGACGAAAGUACAUGCAGUACAGCAAGAGACUGUCGCUGUCGUCUCUAAAACCGCACAGGACAUGCAAGAAGCGACAAAGAACACAUUCGGCGGUUUAAGUACGUCCAUAUCUGAAAAUACAAAGAAGAUUGCUGAUGGAUGCCGGGGAGAAGCUCAAAAACUAGCACAGAAGUUCAAGAGUUGAUCGGAGCAUCAAGCACCUAUCGUAUCAUCUGGGAUAUGCAUGGUGUUACUCGACCGUCAUUCAUAUUACAGGAAGUAUGGAGGGUGCCCAAUCAGCAGUGUAAUGCUGCGGAUUAGAAGGGCCCAUUACUGCUGGAGUAGUACAGUUGAAGCAUCCUUUUCCAGGACAGUUCGAAUGUGCCCUGCGUAUGGAGCUUAGGCGAGAUGAAGGCUGAUACAUUGGUUAAAACAUGGAGUAGGUUCUUUGUAGCAUGAUAUCGUUGGUGCUUGCAGAGUCGGGAAAAGUGAGGCGGGCAUUCACACCUUUUUCUGUCUAUCAGGUCAGUGUGUGGCUGCUCGGGACAGAGUGUCGUAAUUACAGAGCCACUAUUGUCGGGGAAUAGUCCCACCCGUCGUCAUUACAUUUGGCUAUUGUAACCUAGCAUUGAGGCAGGCAGGUCCACAAGUUUUUUCAGAUAUUUGCGCACAGAAAGCUCUCAAUCGAGAUGAGAAUAUAAGAGAUUCCAGUAUACGUGAGUAUCAUUACCCGGGUGACUAUGCUUCUCUUGAUAGAAAAUUCAAUCCAGUAGCCGGACUUCAGUUUUACCUCCUCAAGCCAAGGUUUCGUUCUUCAAGCCUACAUUUUGGGAAAGGAAGUUUAUGACGGUAGGGAGUGACGUGAUGACUAUUGAAGGCGUGUAACUAAUUAAUGCAGUAGGACUUCUUGUGAAACCCCUUUCUGGUGGUAGUCCAGCUGAUGCAGUUACGCUAUCUGGUGGUAGUAGCAUCUGAUGUAGUUCCGGUUGAAGCUAAAGAAUAAAACACCUCUGACGUAAACCCAAGGAGGUUGGUCGGGAAUGGCAGACUUCAAUGUUUAUCGACUUAAGUCGAAAACUAGCCUGGCAUCACUUCUUGGUCUAUUGCAAGGAGUGUCUACAUACUAGAAAUCGCGUGCACCAGAUAGAGCAAAUCUGUGCUUACUAUUACACUUAUUACAUCUCAUACACUUUUCUAACAACCUUUGGUCCAACCAACAAAGGAUUGUGAGCCUUCCCCCAAUCACGAAAUGACUGAGAAGAGCGCCCCUAUA